AUGAUAUCCACCGGCGACUUUGCGAUACUGUGCCUGUUCAUCAUUGCGCGACUGGUGUCGGCGAAAUACAGCAUCAUUCCCGACUGCGAUGAGGUGUUUAACUACUGGGAGCCUCUGCACUUUCUGACGCAUGGAUUCGGAGCACAGACAUGGGAGUACUCUCCCGAGUACGCCAUUCGGUCUUGGGCAUACCUGUGGGCCCAUGGAGUGGCAAUUAAGCUGUCAGAACUCAUUCUGAGUGCCACGGGUCUCCAGCCCAAGUACUUCAUCUUCUACGGCCUGAGAACGGUGUUUGCCACUGUAUGUGUGCUCUGCGACUUUGCGCUGUACAGAUCGGCCAAGAAGAAUCUGUCCAGCUCAAUUGCGGUCGGAUACGCUGUUAUUUCGGCCUCCAGCACAGGAAUGUUCCAUGCAAGUGUGGCAUUCCUGCCUUCGACCUUUGCCAUGAAUUGCGUCACUCUGGCCAUGUCGCAGUUCCUCAACAUCAGUCCCACAGGCUUUGUGAGCAGCUACUGUCGUGGCUUUGUGCUCAUUGCUGUUGCUGGUAUUCUCGGAUGGCCUUUCGCUCUUGCUGUGGGUGCUCCUUUUGGCCUUUACUACCUGCUUAACAUCACCCACCCCAAUGCUUUUGCUGGCCUGCUGAAGGCCCUCAUGGCUAUCGGCACUAUCGCAGGUAUUACUCUGGCCAUUGACUCAGUUUCAUACCGUUCCCUUCAGCUUGGCACACUAAACAUUGUGCUCUACAACGUAUUUGGAGGAGAAGGACAAGGUCCCGAGAUCUUUGGAGUGGAGGACUGGAAGUACUACCUGCACAACCUGCUGCUCAACUUCAACAUUGCUUACCCACUUUCUAUUCUUGCUUUUGCGACGCCUGUUUUGUUUUACCUGCUUCCUGCCUCCUCCACAUCCCUCAGGGUCCAUCCUGCUAGACUCGCACUGACUACCUCGCCUCUCCUGCUGUGGUCUGCGAUCUUCUACAUGCAGCCCCACAAGGAGGAGCGGUUCUUCUACGUGGUUUACCAGCUAAUUGCUCUUUCUGCUGCCAUUUCGCUGGAAUGGAUCUCUGCUGUUGUCCAUGCAGUUGGCCUCAAGGGUCUCAAGGCCCUCACAAUCGCUCUGGCUCUGUCGGGCAUCGCCUCCAUCUCCGUGCUAAGAUCCGUGUCGCUCGCCCAGAACUACUCUGCGGCUAUUCACGUGCUCAAGACCCCCCAGCUCUACGAGGGUGAGGGAACCACCUUCUGUCUAGGUCGAGAAUGGUACAGAUUCCCGUCCUCGUACUUUCUGGCUCCUCACCAGCGACUGCGAUUUGUCAAGUCGGGCUUCAAGGGACUUCUACCCACAAGCUUUGAGGAGUCAGAUUACCCUAACAUGUGGUGGAACCUUCCAGGAACCUCCAGUAUCCCUCUGCACAUGAACAACCUCAAUCUGGAAGCUCCCGAGCUGUACGUAGAGCCUUCUCAGUGCGACUUCGUGGUUGACAUCGAUAUUCCUGCCAACAGUGAGGAGGGCGAGAUUUCGUAUUUUACCUCCCCCGAGUGGAAGAAGAUCAACUGUCGCAAGUUUUUGGACUUCGAGUCCAGCGGUCCUGGAAAGCUCUUGUGGCUGCCAAAGAGUCUUCAUGGCCUAACCAAGACCAGCCUGAAGCAUCAUGAAUAUUGUCUAUUUGAGAAGGUGAAGAACGAGUAA